AUGCACUGGUCUCUUGCCACUCUAAGCUGUCUCCUGGCGGCGUCGGUCUCGGCCGCACCGCUCUCAACGCAGCAUGUUCCAGGCCUCGCCGCCCCCGCCCUGCCGUCAUCGGCAGGAGACCUCGCCCCCGGGCCGUCUCCCCAACGGGACGACCUCGGGGACGAGGACGACGCCGGGGCGCGCGUGCAUCUUUCCACAGCUGGCUCGCUCGUUGGCAGAGACAUUAAGAAGGGCUGGUUCAGUGCACAGGAGGCGGCAAUGCUCCAGAAGGAGUCGGAAUCCGACGUCAACUUCUUCCACCUCAUGGACAGCCUUGACACCCUCACCCAGCUUCUAGACCGGAACAAGAUUCCCUGGGCCGUCGCCGGCGGCCUUGCCUUGAAGAUCCACGGCCAGCCCAGCCGUUAUACCGGCGACAUUGACAUCGUCGUCCAGACAACAAUGUCAAAGCUCAAGACAGCGCUGAGCAAGGACAAGAAGUUCAUUCUCCCCGGCCCCGGAUGGCCAAGCGAUUCCCACCUGCGCGUCUACCACAACCAAGGGAGCUCGUCUAAGCCGAAGUAUAUUGAGGUUGACAUGAUCAUCGCAGGCACGCUCACGACACCCGAAAAUCUCAGAGCCAACUCAAAGGAUAUCCAAAAGGAGACGAGGGCCAAGAAGGCGCUUAACAUCCACGUGAUGAGACUUGGAAAGAUCUUCAAGUCCAAGGUCUACGCUUUAGCCGCAGACCAUCGCAAUAAGAACGACAAGGACAUGAAGGAUAUUAGCUGGAUCAUUGAGAAGACCCCUGGGGCCCUCGUUAACGUCCAGCAGGACCUGACAUACGAUCUGCGGCAGCUGGUGAUUAUGCAUCUCGUCCGCCUGAGGUCGCCCCUGGUCGCUAAGGCCAGAGAGCUCCUCGGAGUCGAUAACGGCGCGCGUCUCCACGCGGUGCCACCCCCGCAGAUCGUCGGUGUCCCGCCGAACCAGGAGCCGGGCUUCGUCAGCUGGCUGUUUGACGGCACCCCUGGCCACACCGUGUGGGGCUAG